UGAAGUUUGUGUUAACUCUCGGCCAUAUAUGGUAAGCCUAAUUCCGUAGCGUAAAACGUCAUCAACCGUCGCCCGGUCAUCCGCUUCCGGUUCCGCUGAAAUACAUAACCUGUCCCGAUGCCCACUCCCGGAGAACAUGGCGUGCCCAUGGUUAAGGCAAUGCUGGCGGCUUUCUGUAAACUGUACAGGCACGAGUGUAUUUGAAACGUUGUGGCAUUCUAAUGGCAGGUCGGUGUCGUUCUCCACGUUCUCUUUAGGACGGACAUCCUGGAGCUCCGGGGCGGGGAACGAGGGGCAUCCGUCGGCACUAUCAACACAGAUAAACCCCCAAACUUUAAACUUUACCACAUGUCUCACCAGACACAAGUCACGGUUGCUGAACCCCACACUACAAUCAUGCUGCUGCAGAAAGAGCGUACACAGUGAUGCAAAGCCGAAGGACCCCUUCACAUUAGCCCAGAAAGAUUUAACAAAUUUAUAUGAUGACAUCAGAAAGGAAAUGUUUGUACCCAAAGAAGAGCUGAAGUCUCUGCUUGACUACUACUUUGAUGGCAAAGGCAAAGCCAUCCGACCAAUGAUAGUUGUCCUAAUGGCCCGGGCGCUCAACAUCCACAGCAACAGAUCUGGAGAUCUGAUCCCAGGUCAGAGGGCCAUUGCUAUGAUCACCGAAAUGAUUCACACUGCCAGCCUGGUGCAUGACGACGUUAUAGACGGAUCCGAUAAACGAAGGGGAAAAAGAACAAUCAAUGAAGUGUGGGGUGAAAAAAAGGCAAUCUUAGCUGGAGAUUUCAUCAUCUCAGCUGCCUCUAUAGCCAUGGCUCGAGUCGGUAACAACACAGUGGUGAAAGUGUUCUCCCAGGUGAUAGAGGACCUGGUGCGAGGUGAAUUCAUGCAGCUGGGCUCCAAAGAGAACGAGAACGAGCGAUUUAAACACUACCUCGAGAAAACCUUCAAGAAGACGGCGAGUCUUAUUGCAAACAGCUGUAAAGCAGUAUGCGUUCUAGUAAAUUCUGAUCCUGAAGUUCAUGAAAUAGCCUACCAGUAUGGGAAGAAUGUUGGCAUCGCAUUUCAGCUGGUGGAUGAUGUCUUAGACUUCACAUCAGGAGCUGGUCACCUGGGGAAGCCCUCGGCUGCAGAUCUCAAACUGGGCUUGGCCACUGGACCGGUCCUGUUUGCUUGUCAACAGUUUCCUGAGCUCCAUGCAAUGAUCAUGAGACGUUUCAGCUCUAAAGGAGACGUAGAUCGAGCCUGGCAGUACGUCCUUCAGAGCGACGGCGUGCAACAGACCAAAUACCUGGCCCAGCGCUACGGUCAAGAAGCCAUCAGGCAGAUCAGUAUGCUCCAGCCGUCGGCAGAGAGAGACGCCCUCAUCAGGCUCACUGAGAUGGUGCUUACCAGAGACAAGUGAACCUCCACUGCCGGGCUUCACUUCAGGCAGCUACCUGUGGAAAAUGAACUCACCCACAUCCAGUAUCAGCAGUGAUGGUUUGGAAAAGAACAUUAAAAACCUAAAUGAAUGGAUGUUGCUGUAAACUGCAAAUCCAGCUCCUCACUGCAUUCAGUACUGUAACUGCAACAGCCUCUCAUUCUUAAAACUGGCCAACUGACUGACAGUACACGCUAGUGUUGAGCUGUGGCGGCUUUGCAAAAUCUGUGUAAUUCCAAAUGAAAUGGAAGUGAUGCGCUGUCAUUGGUGUGUUUGUUUGGAUCUGUGUGAUUUGCUUUCAAGAUCCGUCCACACCUCGGAGGCCAAACAGUCACAUGUCUUUUAGACUUGUAAAAUGUUAAAAGGUUACUUAAUGCAACAACAAAGGCCUUAACAACUACAAUGACUGUGUACUCAAUAAACCUACAAUUAUGCUUUUUUUUAUUUAAACCAAGUCUUCGCUCUUCUUUGAUUCCCUUAAAGUGACCACACAUGCAUGUUGUACAUAGAAUUGUUUAUUAUAAAAGACUGUACAUUAAUUUUUCAAUCAACAUAUUAUAUGUACAAAUGAAGGGCGGACAGAGAUAGAUUUCAAUAUUUCUACCCAUGAAAUUGAGCUGGAACAUGUUUUAUUAUUGGAAAUUUCUAAAGCAAACGGGCAAAAUAUCAAGGCAUAAGCUGCAGUAUCCUGAAAUGGUAAAUGCUCAAAAAUUAGGUCAUGUUAGAUGGUACGUUCGAGGGUCAACAGAAAACAAAAGUGUCAUUAAGAUGAUUCCUAGACCUGAGUGACAGCUGAUAUUGAUUGGCUGAUUUUUACUCGAGUUAAAAUAUGUACACCUGUGCAGCCCAGAGGAUUUCAUGUUCAGAGCAUUCAACAUGGUCCUUGAACCCAGAGCAGGUUAUUGUUGCUUUGUGAAGGCUGAGGAGGUAUUAGAGUUGUUUGUUGGUCUACAUUACAUCUGAAUUGUCUCAUGGCAGUGUCAGGCACGGCAAUUCAAGCCCACUUAUCACUGCACGCUAUCACUGCUGUCUAUCAGAAGCAUAGUCCGUUAUUGCCAGUUACCAAUGGAUCCUACAGAUUUGAUGUAGAUUAGUAUAAAGUUAGUAACAGUGAUGUGACAUAAUCUUUAAAUGCUUGAUAAGCCAAAAAUGGAAUGUGUCCUCGUGCUUCAAAACAGAUCCAAAGGCAUGAAAAAGUAAAUUCCAUUUAAUUUUCAUGAUUUUAAAGGAAUACUCCACCUCCCUUAUGAUUAUUUGUAUAUCAGUUACUCACCCAAAGUUAACGCGAAUUCAAAAAGAAAGCUUGGUUUUUCUGCAUACCUUCAUGGUAAGCGAAGAAUCCAGAAACAGAAAAUUCUUAAUGAACUGAAGUCAUAGGGGUCCACAUUUAAAAACAGCGAAACUAGAUCAAAACAUUUACAAACUUUCACACAACUUGUACUGCAUCAUUUAUCCAGUCAUACACUCAGUUCUUCUCAAACACAUGCAUUUUCCUCAAACUUAAGUAUUUAGUUUCACUUUCUGUUUUAAAGCCAGACUCCAUUGACAAAAAUAGUGAUUUUUAUUUCACUGAACACAGAAGCUUCUGGUCUACCACUGCCUCUAUGCCUUGUUUGUUUUUGUAUUUUUUGUGACUUUGGUGUUUUAUGGGGUUAGCUAGGUUUCACCAAAGUCACACAAUAACAGAAAUAAACUACCAAUUAAUAAGGUAGCUCCUGUGUUCAGCGAGGUUAAAUUACUAUUUUUGUCAAUAGAGUCUGGCAUUGCACACAGCAUCGGUAAGUUUCAUUUUCAAUUCAGUGUUAAAUAGUAAGAUUUUAGCAAAAAUGCAUGUGUUUGGGAAUUUUUUAACAGGACUGGAUAAAUGAGACUUGGAUUACACUGCAAGAGUUGUGUGAGAGUUUGUUAACAGACGUUUUAAUAUAGUUUUGCUGUUGUUAAACAUGGACCCCAAUGACUUCAGUCAUCAAGAAUUUUCUCAGUUGUUGGAUUCCUCCACUUGAAGCGUGCGAGAAAAAGGUUUUCUUCACAAAUUCAAUGUAACAUGGGUGGAAUAACGGAUAUACAAAUGUUCAUUUCGGGUGUGAGGUAUUCCUUGAAGUUAAGAUUCAAAUUGGCAUUUAGAGGGUGAGACUGUGGGGAAGCCUGAAAUUUACUUCAGAGUCUAUAAAGUUCAGUGAUUUCAACAGUGUAAUAAAAAUUAAAAAGGUGAAUACAUUUACAACAUAAUGGAAGCAUAAUGGCAAUAAACUUAAGAUUACAUUAUAUCUCUUAAAAUUUUGCAUGCUUAAACGCCAAGACUGAUCUUCAGGAGUAUUUGUUUGUCUUUGAAAUACCAUACACAGUACUUAAAUUUGUAAAAUUAUUGACAGGCCAUCUUAUUUUACGAAUGAGCCUGAUGGAGUCGAGGAGGGCGCCACUAAUGAAAACUAUCAUAUAAUCGACAUUCACUGAAUUCACAUUACAGAAACCCGAGUGGCUGCAGCUCACAUUAUAUACAACUGACAGUACAAACACUUCGACUGAAGGUGUUUACAUGACGUUAACAUUUAAUUUGUUCCAUCACACCUAAUACUCAAAGGAUUCAGCUCUGAAUCCCUAAUAAUUUUUGUCUAGGCAAGAUGAUGUCGUACAUCCUUCAGCUGUGUGACCAUCGUCUUUGAAUUCAACCGACGUGAGCACGUGCAGUCCAAUUCUUUAGAAACUUUGCUUUUUUUUUUUUUUUUUUUUUUUUUUACAUAUU